GUUAAAAAUUGAUGAUUAAACAUCUAUUAUAAACAGAUUAGAAUAUUUAUAGUAUUAUUUUAACGUGUAAGUGAACGUUUACUCAAAUCUUACAAUAUGACCCAUCCUCUUCAGAACAAAAUGCGCCCGUGGUGUCUGCGAGGCGAGGUUAUUCAUGGCCAUGGCCGUGCCGUUCGUGAUCUUGGAUCACCUACCGCGAAUGUCAAAUUGGGUGAAGCGGCCCUUAAAAGCCUGAGCCCGUAUGUUGAAACUGUGAUGUUUGGGUGGGGUUGUAUUGAGCCGGAAGUACCCAGUCAAGGUGAAGACAUCAGCAACGCGAAUCUGAAAAAAACUCAGAUAAAGGAUGCUCAUCUUGGCCCCUUUCCUAUCGCCCUGUCUGUCGCCACUAACUUAUUUUACAACGACAAUGAGCUUAGUGUUGAGGCUUACUUCUUACACGAGUUCCCUGAAGAUUUCUACGGGCGAAUUAUUCGCAUUAUUGCGUUGGAUAUUGUACGUGUUCAAACUUCCUUUGACUCUCUUGAGGCGCUCAUUAAAGCUAUCGAAGGUGAUAUGAUUAAAAUAAGGGAUGAAAUAAAAAAGCCCGAAUACGAAAAGUACAAAGAACACGAAUUUAUGAAUCCACACACUCAGUUAUCCCAGGAAGUUCUGGCGCAACUUCCUUAUUUUAAGGAGAUCUAAUCUUUAUUUAUUUACUUAUGAAAUUUAAUUUAGCAAAAACUUAGUUUUUUCUCUUGCAGUGAAUUUAGGCGGUAAAGCCAUAAAAAAAUAUAUUAUAUGAAAUAUGAUUUUUAAACAGUACCUUAACUGAGAUAUAGUGUUUUCUGUUUCUAUCCCGGUUUUGCUCCGGUUUACUGAUGUCUAAUAUUUUGAUCUU